AUGAGCCAGUUCCAGCUUUUUCCUCCGCCCUCGCCGGAGAGGGCCGAGGCUAAGAUCGAGAAGAAUCCAUUUCGCAGAGGUGCCAGGAAAGCCUCAACAUUGGCCGAGCAGCAUCCGUCUCCAAUCAGCCUUCAUGAGAUCAAUGGCUCUCCAAAAACUGAGACAGUAUUACUGCAAAUCAUUGAAGACACUUCGUCAUUUCCUCGUCCGCCGUCUCGAACGCAUGUUGCCAGAUCCCGCUCCCCAGCGUCGACGGCGGCCCUUCCGCAAGCCAAGUCUUCUCCUCUGCUUCACGGUCAGAGCUGUCAAGGUAGCAAAGUCGUCAGUCGUCCCUUGCCAUUACGGGACAGUGCAGACAAAGAGAGAGGGAGCAGCAGUUCCAGCAGCCAUCAAGUUAGCAGCGCAGAUACGUCGCCACAGUCAUCUCAGUCAUCUGUGUCGCCAAUUCCAAUGAGAUCAAUGUUUCCCCGUUUCGAUCCCAACUUCCCUACGAAUAGAUCCAAUGCACGACCUCCUCCUUCCAAGCUCGGUGAAAGCCAAAGGAAAAAGUCAAGAAAACCGCAACUCACUCUCAACACAUCUUCCGAGAUAGACAGUGUCCUGGGGCCGAAGACUGUUCCGGCGAGCGUAUUGAAUUUCCCCAACGGUAUUGCUGAUUCGGAGGAGAUACGAUAUUCAACCCCAUACGAACUAGAAGUCCUAUGGGAAGCUGCGAAUGGGCAAAGACCGAAGAAUCUGGCUGGAACUUUCAGCAUGCAUUUUGCCAGGACUGAGCCCGCAACUUUCGCAUUGGGACAUAUGCAACAACCAUUGUACACGUUAGAAACAUUUGAGAACGACGAGCUGUCAAUCUCUCGAGGGAUGCCGAGUAAGGCCAACAGCAACGUGUCGGUCAUGUCACUUAAUCUCGAGGACCGUCGACGUCGUGAGCAUCCUCACGACGGCCUGGUGACUCUACUGUUCUCUAGGCUAGCCGCGAUGCUUGCCAUUGAACAAGCAGAAGACAUCGCCAAACUCCACCUUUUGAACCCCUCCGAGGCCGCCAAAAUCGAGACUGAGGCUCUCAAUCGAGCAUCCGCCCAAGAGUCUUGCCGUCUGUCGUGGAAUCGCAAUUUGAGACUCUAUGAGCUGCGCCAUCCCCAGGUAGCAAGAAGACAGCCUCUUGCGCUUGUGGGGGCCGGGGGGAUUCCACUCUCACCAGUACAGUCCGCACCUUCGGGAGUCCUGUUCAUCACUGUCUCUGCACCGUCGAACGACGUUACUCCUCGACAGGCCCCCACGAUACUGGUGACGAAUCCCUCAUCCUCGACAGCCCUGGCGGUGGCGCAGCAGGCUGCGAAUUCACGAACAUCGACCCUCCCCGUCGCUGAUUCGGACGAGCCGCUCGUCGCGCUGGACUUGACGACCCGCACGCUUACGAUAUCACCCGCUGCGAUUAUCGCCACGAUACCAUCGUUGUAUGCGGUCGACUCGGUGAUUGCGGCUGUACUCGCCGUCGCCGUCUCGGACGAGGCUACGAACCCUAUAUUAGCCGAUAUGGAGGUCGAGCCACCCAGUCAUCAUGCUCAAGACUCACAAGCUGGACCGGGAAUCUGCGCUCCCUAUCGGGGCCCACUCAUCACGACUCAAGCGGAGCGCGAAGACUACGCUGAAAGUCUUCAACUUGCAUCACAAAUUCGAGCUGCAAAGGACGAGACAGAUUCGAAAAAGAAACGACGAAACCUCUUCAAAUUUUGGAGCACAGACCGCUCCUCCACAUCUGGCCAGGCGCCAGGUACCAGCAAGAACCAAGAGAUUGUGGUGGAGGAAUUCGAUCUCGAAAAAUAUGGCCGCUAUGGCACGGGCUCUUCCCGAGAAGGCAAAAAACUUCCAGGAAUCACGCGUACCUUGUUGAGAUUAUUGUUCCUGGGCCUCAAUUUGAUCAUCAAGGGUAUGACUUUGUUAGUUAAGAUAUUGGCUUGGCUUUUGGAACUCCCAGAAUUGUAUUUCAUCUCGUUCUCCAUGCAGUGGGCUACAAAUAUAGAGAUCUUUUACUUGGCAGAGGAAGGUAUGUCGAAGUACAAACCUGGCGGUUAUCAUCCGGUCAGCCUUGGAGAUACCUUCAAAAAUGGUCGCUACAGCGUCCACCACAAGCUGGGAUGGGGAGGAUUUUCAACUGUUUGGCUCGCGAAAGAUACCGUCAAAGGUGAAUGGGUCUCCUUGAAAAUUAUGACGGCAGAGCAUCAACGGCCUCGGGAGCUGCUGCAUCUGAACAGUCUCAAGGAAUUGUCAAACGCAUCAUCACCUUCGAGCAAAUACAUUGUGCAAGUUCUCGAUUCGUUCAAACACCGGGGUCCCAACGGUGAGCAUCAGUGCCUCGUCUUUGAGUUACUUGGUCCCUCUGUUUACCAAGUCUUGAAAUGGCAUGAUGAGCAGCAUAUCAAGUUAUUUUCGAAUACUAUCAUUCGGAUGACUACCCAGCUUCUCGAAGCCUUGAAAUUGAUCCAUGGCGCUGGAAUUUGUCACGGUGAUGUCAGUGCGAAAAACAUCGCAUUCUGUUUCUCAAGGCCCUCGAACAAACGCUCGAUCACAACAGAGCAACAACUCUUUGAGAUCAUGGGAUCCCCAAAGACUAUGAAAACCCCCGACCGAAAAGAUGAUCCCAGUUUACCGGCAGAGCUGGUUCAAACUGCAGAAUGGACUAAUUUUUCACGAGGCAAUAAGCCCAAAGAUCUAGCCCAGCCACCACCAUUGCGUGCACCUGAACUCAUUUUUGAGGACCGUUUGGAUUAUCGCGUUGAUCUUUGGUGUGCGGGGUGCACGAUCUAUUCGCUUGUUUUCUGCAAUGGUCCAUUUAUGCAUCUUGGUCCGGGUGCAACCUUGGUCUUCCAGAUGAUUCACUUUAUCGGCAGUCUGCCAGCUUGCUGGGAACCCACCUGGAAGAUCAUGCAGGGAAGGCUUGAUGACAGGUUUGCAAUACAACCGGACACCAAGCCAUGUCUCAAACAAGACUUUGAUACGGAUGUGCAAAGCCCGAAACUGAAGGCUCUUCUACCGGUAAUUGAAGGAUUGAUGCGAUAUGAACCGGGAGACCGCACUUCAGCAGAGACAGCCCUGAACUUGCUCAACGCACAGCUUGAUAUGCUGAACCUACAGAGCAAUCGCAGAAAACUUGAGAAGAGCAGGAGAUCCAAUCAUGGCCGACGUCGCCGGCGUCGUUAG